AUGGCGAGCAUUUUCAAAUUGAAACAUGAAAGUCAAGGCGAGGGAGGCGAAACGAUACCACACGGGGUGAAUGAGAAGCUUGAAUCAAGCACACUGGCACCACCUCCCCCUACGGUUGAGAACAUUGUCACUCGAGAUGGUUUCCGCAUCCACCCACAGCCAACCAGCGACCCGUUGGACCCUUUGAACUGGACCAGUUUUCAAAAGCAUACGAUCCUUGCCAUUGUGAUGUUCAAGUACUUCAUGUUCACAUAUAUCACCACGACGACGGUGGCCAGUUUCCCGGAUUUACAGGAGCAAUACAACAUCAGCUAUUCGCAAGUCAACUGGACCGUGGCGAUCCCAGCCCUGGGACUCGCCGUGGGGCCAUUGUUGUUUUCGUCGCUAGCAGACAUAUUUGGGCGACGCAUCAUCUUUGUCUUUGGCACCCUGAUGGCGUUUGGGGCCACAGUGGGCGCAGCCAAAGCACCCAACUACGGCGGAUACAUGGCCGCACGGUUCUUUCAGGGGCUGGGAGUAUCGCCAGCCUCGACGGUCGGACUGGCGGCCAUCAACGACAUGUUCUACGAGCACCAGCGCGGCGCAAAGAUCGGACUGUGGGUGUUGGCCAUUGACAGCGGGCUGCUGGUCGGCCCCAUCAUCGGCGGGUUCAUGAACAUUGUCUCUGCGGCGUGGGUCCAAUGGCUCUGCGCGAUCCUGUUCGCAGUCCUGCUGGUGCUCGAGAUCUUGUUUAUGCCCGAGACACUGUACCCGCGCAACAAGAUGUUGGGCCAACUUCCACUGGCGACCGCCGUGGACGAGCCCGCCGUGGACAUUGAAAAGGUCGGGCGACGGCGCAGCGAUGCCGGGUCUGUCAGUUUGACACGCACCAAGAGUCUGUCGUACUUCAACUUGACGCCGGUGCCUGGGAUGCGCCACCCGACGUACUACGACUCGGUGCUCCGGUUCGUUCUGACCUGGAAGUUCCUGGCCGUCACUAUUCCCGUGCUCACCUACUGUUUUGUGUGGUACUGGUGGAUUCUGAGCGUUAUUACCAUGCUGCCCGCCGCGUAUCCGGACUACAAGCCGCAAAUCCAGGGCCUGCUGUUCCUCGGCUUGCUGUUGGGGACAUUGUUCGCCGAGGCCUUUUUGGGCGGCUCGCUGAGCGACUGGGUGUGUUCGCGGCUUGCUCGACGCAACGGUGGCGUCCGUCUUCCCGAAAUGCGGCUGUGGCUCGUCUACCCUGCCGGCUUGCUGAGUGCUCUUGGCCUUGUCCUCUGGGGUAUUAGUAUUGACCGAGCCUACCAUUGGAUGGUCGGUCAGGUCGCUUUUUUCCUCUUCGCCGCCGGUAUCCAGAUGGGCAACACUGUUGUCUGCGCUUACAUCGUCGACUGCUAUCCUUUGCAGAGCAUGAGCAUUGUCACUUUCUAUGCCGUGCUGCUGAACUUGUCUGCUUUUAUUGAUCCUUUCUUCAUCGCCCCAUGGCAAGCAGAUUCAGGCUGGACCUGGUGUUUUGCCGCCCAGGGCAUCAUCGUCUUCUUCGGCGCAAUGCCCAUCUUUGCCUUCUUGCACAAGUUUGGCCCGACUCUGCGCCAUAUGACCGGUACUCCUUCUUGGGUUAACCCGGAAUUCGACACGUCGGCAUGA